AUUCCAGAGUCGCUGUCACAAAAACAUUUUUGUUUCCUCCUGUUGCUGCCAGCUCCCUUAGGAAUGACAGCAUUGGCAGUAACACUAGCAGUAACAAAGAGGCACUUGGCUUCAUUAGCAGCUCAAGCCUGCAAGGGAUCAGCAUAGCACUGACAUCAUUGCUGUCUCUUCUUAUUGGCUUUAUUUUGGGAGCCAUAUUCUGGAAGAAAACACAUCCCAAAUCCAGACCAGAAAGUGAUGAAAAUACACAGUGUCAUGACUGUCAAGAGGAAAAUGAGAUAAGUAUGUUGCAGCAGAAAGAAAAGGAACAUCUACAAGUGUAGCUGUUGCUUUUUCUCCCUCCACACUGUUACUGUUUCAUGUACUGGCAGGUAACAGUUCCAUGUUCGCUUCAUAAAUGAAGCAGCUUAAAGCACAUUCGUAUUCCUUCUGGAGUGACAGACUGAGUCUGCAUCUGUUGUUGCUGCCCAUGACUCCAUAGACAUAAUAUAGAAAUGAGGACAAUUUGUGUUUGUUACUGUGAAACGAACACUGAACUGAACAAUGACAAGAAGAGUGUGCACUUAGCAGGACUGUAUCUUAUGUGAAUAUCUACCUUGUGU